CCGCCAGCCCCGCACGGAGCGGGUGGUACAACUGGAGCUGCACAAGGGCAGCAGAGGACUGGGCUUCAGCAUCGCAGGAGGCAGCGGAAAUCAACACAUACCUGGGGACAAUGGUAUCUACGUGACCAAGAUCAUGGAGGGUGGCGCGGCACACCAGGACGGCACCAUGUCCAUUGGAGACCGGCUGAUCGCUGUGGAUGCAGGGCGGGGCGAGCGGGCCCUGACCAACGUCACACACGAGGAGGCCGUAGCGGCGCUGAAGUCCGUCACCGACCGCGUGGUGCUCACCCUGGUCAAACACGACGGCCCGCUGCCCUCGGCCGCCCCCGCCCCCGCCCCCGCCCCGCCCCCGCCCCGAUCCCGGCGGCGUACAGUGCGCCGCCGCCGCCACAGCCGCCGACGGGUAACACCAACAGCGCGGCACACGUCAGUAACAACGGACACAGCGGCACGGGCAACAACGGCUCCGGCGGCCGAUACGAUAUGCUGGACGGACGGACACCGCCGCCGCCUCCUCUGGACACUUCGUCUGCCUACAACGAACCCUACAACAUAUCCACACCGAAAGCGGUCAGCAUGGAGAACGUGGCCAGGGAGCCACGUCAGGUGGUGCUAAGCAAGGCCUCUGGCCAGGGCCUGGGCUUCAACAUCGUCGGAGGAGAGGAGUCCGAGGGCAUCUUCGUGUCGUUUAUCCUGGCCGGCGGGCAGGCGGACCGCAGUGGGGAGCUGCACCGCGGCGACCAGAUACUGUCGGUGAAUGGCACCGACCUCAGCAAGGCCACGCACGAGCAGGCCGCCGCCGCCCUCAAGGGUGCCGGCCAGACCGUGUCUAUGGUGGUUCAGUACCGGCCAGAGGAGUACAACAGGUUCGAGGCCAAGAUCCACGAGCUGAGACAGCAGAUGAUGCCCGGCACUCUGCGCACCACCCAGAAACGGUCACUCUACGUCAGGGCUCUGUUCGACUACGACCCGCGCAUGGACGACGGCCUGCCGUCGCGCGGCCUGCCGUUCUCCUUCGGUGACAUCCUGCACGUGACGAACGCUAGCGACGACCAGUGGUGGCAGGCGAAGCGUCUGACCCCGCAGGGUCAGGAGCUGGCCAUGGGCAUCAUCCCCUCACGUCACCGCUGGGAGAAGAAGAUGAGGGCGCGCGGGAAGACAGUCGUCUUCCACGGAAAGACCUCCUCCGAUAUGUCGACUCUGGACCGGAAAAAGAAGAACUUCUCCUUCUCCAGAAAGUUCCCGUUCAUGAAGUCGAAGGAGGACGUCAAGUCGGACGAUGGCUCGGAGGAAAACGACCGCGAAAUCCACUCCGUGACGAACACAUCCGAGGGAGACGACCGCAGUCUGCCCGAGGAGCCGGUGCUCUCCUACGAGCCCGUACAGCACGUCGAGGUCAGCUACUGCCGGCCGGUCAUCAUCUUGGGGCCGCUAAAGGACCGCAUCAACGACGACCUCAUCUCGCAGUACCCGGACGACUUUGGCAGCUGUGUGCCGCACACCACCCGGCCGUGCCGAGAGGACGAGGUCGAUAGUCGCGACUACCACUUUGUGGCGUCUCGGGAGCAGAUGGAGCGCGAUAUUCAGAACCACUUGUUCAUCGAGGCGGGACAGUACAACGAUAACCUGUACGGCACGAGCGUGGCCAGCGUGCGGGAGGUGGCAGAGGAGCAAAAGAAGCACUGCAUUCUGGACGUGAGCGGUAACGCCAUCAAACGGCUGCAUGUGGCGCAGCUGUACCCGAUCGCCAUCUUCAUCCGGCCGCGCUCCGUCGACUCCAUCCUGGAAUGGAACAAGCGUCUGACCGAGGAGCAGGCCAAGAAGAUGUACGACAAAUGCCAAAAGCUGGAGGCCGAGUUCAGCGAGUACUUUACCAGUAUCAUCAGCGGCGACACGCCGGAGGACAUCUACGAGAAGAUCAAGGACACGAUCCGCGAGCAGGGCACCAACCGCAUCUGGAUACCCUCCAAAGAGAAGCUGUGAGCGCGCCACGGCGGCGCUCCAGACAACUAGACAGAUCGCCGUGCUCAGAGCUUUACCGACCGGCCGCCGCCGAAUCUCAGCCGGUCUGCGCGCCACGUCUGUAGGUGGCGCUGGCGGCGGGCUGGUCGGCUCCUAGGUGGCGCUGGCGGCGCUCUGCUCGCCGCCCGCCGUCACCCGUUGUUGAUUGUUGCUGCGCCGUUCGGUGGACGCGCGGCGGAGCACCUCAGCUCUCUGGCGGUCCUGCUCGGCAUGCCGCGGCCCAGUAGGCGCUCCGCUGGCGACCUCGGCCGCUGUAGUGAGCCAGCGUGACCUCUUCCUCGUCCCUGUACCGGCGCCCCGUCAGAGCGGGUCACCAGCCGACGGACCCGCGCCGUCAGACAGCGGGUCAGUCCUCGGCCCGCGGCGCCCCGGCCGACCGGUCGAGCCCGGCGCCCCGACCGCCGGGCCGCGCGAGAGAAGAUGUGAUAAUUCUCAUUUCCCCGAUUUUAGUGUUUAACUCGCUGUGCCCCCUGUGUUGUCGCCGCGCCGGCGUGCGGUCAGCCGACCGACUCGCGUGUCGUGCUCGUCAUAGUGCUGGUAGCUUCUCAUUCAUUUUAGUAAUUUAUAUUCCCAGACGGUCGAGCGUUCAUCGAUGUUGGCGUCGUCCCGGUUAGAUAUGGCCGGUUGGCCAGUGUGUCCGGGUAGAACGAGUAUUGUGCGCCUGGCACGCGCGAGAAAGAGUAAGCGUGUAGGAGAGAGUGGGUGAGUAAGUUGGUGAGAGAGUGAGUGGAUGUAUGAGUGAGUGAGAGGGAGGAGAAAGCAGCGCCACGAGCGCGCGAGCGAUUUGAGAGACAUUGACCAUGUGUCAAAUUAUAUUGUACCUAUAUAGAGGUCGUGUGUAAAUAGAAGUAUUACCAAUAGUG